ACGCUCGAAACGCUGGCUAUCGCCAGGGGGGUACACCGUCGAUCGCUGAAGUGUGUCCCUGGCGAGUUAGUCGGCUUUUCCUGUGUUUAAAUAGAUCUCUGGUUGAAGUUGGAAACUAGUAGUUCACAGGAGUUAGGCGGAUUCGGACUUGAGCAGAAUUCCUUCGCGUACACCACCAUCGACUUUGCUUUCUCGUAGCGGAGAAUUCCCAGCGAUACAUUGCCUCGCGGUCUGGCUUGUUCGCACCGUUUUCUUCCGCUAAGUCACUUGCGUUCUCGUCUACCUUUUUUCCCGUCGACUUCUCGUUCUUCUAAAUUCCAGGUACUCCGUGCACGUACCGAUCCAUGCGGUUCCCUCCCCUCUUCGCGUCGAGCUUCCCUCCACAAUCGCGCUUGGCUUCUCUUGGCAUUUCUCCUGCUGUCUCGACCUUUCCGUUUUCUUCAGUUGCUUCGCUUCAACAAGGGCUUACUCCAGAGGCACCCAUCCCAGAGCAAGACAGGAAGCAAGUUUCUUAUGCCGACGGCGACAGAGAGGAUUUUCGCUAGGAAGGGAGGAAAGAGAGUGGUCGCGAGAAACAGAGGAUGCCUCUGCCAGUCUACCAGAGCAAAAGAAUUUAGGUUGUAUGGCUCGCAAGAACACAUGAUCAAAAAAGAGGAAUGACGGGAGUUCCGGGGAACUCUCAGGGGGAAAGGAAGGCGGCAAACGAGCACAAGGCGCGAGCAAGGUACCUGGUAGUAGAGAGUGAGGAGAGAGACAAAGGAGGCGGCAAACGCAACUGUGUCUUCGUCAGUUCUCAAACACAUGGCUAGGUCUCUCUUUCUCGCUGUGUUCCUCCUUCUCCUACCUCGGGGUCGCUGAGAUGUCUAGACACAGCGCCGAGGCGAGGGGAGUUUCCUGCCUCUCCUCUUCUCGGUCUUUUCUUCCUCGAGGCACAGUGUCUCUUCCGUCAUGGACACAAAACGAGGAGGCUGGGCAGAGUCCAGCCAAAGACCAAGGAGCUUGCACCCGGGAGACGCAGACAAAGCCACUGAGUCAGCCUCGAAGUCGAGGCAGCACGGCGAACGCGCCUGUCCUCCCUCGGCCUUCGGAAGGCGAUCGCGGGACGCUCGGGAACCAAGCAGGCGAAGGAAAUUGGACGUUUUGGGUGAACGCGCUUUCUCCUCGGAAACCGCUGUUUUUCCGUCUCACGGGGAUUUUCGUGGUGGUCUCGGCCGUCGCGUUUCUCUCUCUGUGCCGGGAGCACUUCUGCCUCUGGCCUUUUCUCGAUUCAGAGCAUUCACACGAAAACACAAAACUCGCCCCUGGCGCAGUCAAACGCCCUUUCCUCAUUGGCGCUUCCCCUUUCUCUCCGCAUUCCAGACUCCACCCUCGACGCCUCGCAUCUGCUGGCCAGGCGACGUCCACGCACUGCGUCGGAGGCAAAUACUGGGAUACGCGGCUGGACGCAUGCGUGGAUUGUCCUGCGGGAACAUAUUCAUUUUACGGCUCUGUGGGGAUCCAACGAUGCAUGCUUUGCCCCUUCGGCUUUUACAGUGUCGCGGGGGCUCCUGUCUGUACAGCUUGCGGUGCCAACAUGACGACAGAGACGACGGGGUCGACUUCUGAGGCUGCUUGCUUCUGCCAGUCCGGUUUCAAGCCCGUGGUGAAUGCACUGGGCGGCUUUUCAUGUAUCCCGUGUGAGCCUCUUUUUGAGUACUGCUACCGCACCUCUCCGACAGACGACUCGGGAUGGUGGUCGUGGAGCAUGGUCUGCUCCGAAUCUCGCCCAGAGGCGGGAGACUCCGACUCUGGAGACAUAACAACGCGCGCCGCUUUUCGAGCGUUCGGAGAUCCGUCGGUAUCUGAAGACGCUUCUGGAACUUCAGGGACGUUUGAACCUUCCGAGGACUACUCCACUGUCGGAUACCACGCAGCUUCGGCUGCGACUCAGGAGACGCCCGGAACGGCUGCAGGGUCUGGCAGCUUCAAACGGUCUGCGAGUCCGCGAAAAGAAGCUCGAGUGAACCGACCGAAAGGCAGUGGCGCGGGCCGCACGAUGUUUAGAGGCUCUGCAAGCCUGUUUCAGAGCUACAAGCAGCAGGUGAAGCAGGGCGACGAAGGCAGUCAAGAGCACCCGUUCUGUGAAAUCCUCCGGCAGGCGAACCCCGCAGGCCUUCACUUUCGUCUGAAAUGCAGAAAGGAGGGCGUCUGCACUGGCGACGUUUUUGCACCCUGUACAGAGGGCAACGCAGGAGUUCUGUGCAACAGGUGCGCGAACGGCUUCACGAUGCCUCUGGUUAAACCCACAGCUGGGAGCUGCACCAAGUGCAGCGCCGGCUUGAUCGUCGUCCUCAGCUUGAUGUUGCUCGUCCUCUGCUUCGUCGCCGGCCUGGCCGUCUGGAUUGCGCGGGGCAACGACGCGAACAGCUACAAUCGAAACAUCAUAGUCAUUCGCAUCGUCAUCGUCCAUCUUCAGUUGGUCAAUCUCCUCAGAUUCAGAGCUUCGAGUGAAAUGGACGCCGUCUCCAACCUCUGGAGUGUCCUCCUCCUGACUGUUCCCGUCGAAGCCUUCGUCGAGUGUAUCGACACGUGGACAGACUGGUCGGGGACGACGUUUACGUUUGUUCUGCUGGGUCUGUUUUUCCCGGUCUUCAAUCUCCUUUUUUCGCUGGCCAUCGGUGCCAUUUUGCGGCGUCUGCACGUCGCGAAGAUGAAGCAAGAAAUAACGCAGGCUGUGGAGGAAGACGUCUACUUGAAUCCAGCAUUCCACGGGGGCGUUGCCUUGGCCUCGUUAGCUCGCGAGGCUGAGGCGCGCAGGGAGAAGAUCAAAGCUCGUGUGGCGAAGCGAGCAGAGGAAGCCGCAAGUCGGCGGAAAGGCGGAGCGGAGGGUCCAACUCGACCGGGGGCAUUUGCGAAGAAGGCGAGAGGAAAGAACGAGAAUCAGGAAGGCUUGCCGCGAGCGGCGAUGGCUGCGCAAGACGUACAGCAGCGCCGGGCGGCGCAGCAGCAGGCGAAGCUGCAGAAGAAGGAGAAGAAGAAGAAGAAAGUACGGGGCGACCGGGGAUUCGAGCGACGCGUCGCCGUGCAGGAAAAGGAAGAACCUGCAGCAGACGCGUCGAAAGCCACCGACAUGUGGACGGCGCAGGCUGCGCGGCGAGCCCUGCAGGCGCCGGAACCGUCGGACUCGUACUACUCCAGCUCUUUUCACUCGUCAGAGCCGGUGCCGAGCAGCGCAGGGAGCAAGAAGUUUCAGGCUGAGGCGCAGCACGCAGCGACGCCCAGCGACCGCGGAGAGCAGGCGUCCCCACAGACAGAGGACGCGCGCGGAAGCGAGAGGGACGUUCAUCUCGAGGAGGGAGGCGAGGAGGACGACCUCUCCGACGAGGGAGAAGACGACGAGGACAUGCAGAUGAAGCGAAAAAAAAUCAAAUCGGCGAUGCCGCCCAUGCACACCAGCGACUUGUACGGAUACUGGAAGUGGGUCUUCGCCGUCUUCUUCGUUCUCCACUACUGCUGCCUCGUCACCAUUGGCAAUCUCUUGUUCAAAGGCAUUUUCUGCGUGACGGAUGAUGUGAUUCCCGAUGCGCCGUACAAGUUCCUCGCCGCAGACAUCUCCGUCCCCUGCUCUUCAGCAGGGACAUUCACGAUCUGCGGAGCUGCCGGUCUCUUCCUGUGGCUAGUCCUCCUCCCUGCGGGCCAUUUCUUCUUCAUGUCCAGACGCCUUGGAGACGACAUCUGGCUCACUGACCGAUACUCUCUCUUCUGCUCUUGGCCUGUCUACGGUUUUCGCUCGGGAUAUCGGCUUACAUACGGGUUGCAAAUCGUCGCCGUCAAUCUGGUCUUGGCCGUGACGUCGCUGCCUCUGAGUCACGGACGCUUGGUGCGCACCUACGAGGCCCCGGGCGGGAUCGAGUUCUCCUUCUCCUCCGUGAAGCUUGUCACCUCUUCCCAGAUCAUCAUCGCCAUCAACAUCAUCGGCGUCUACCUCGUCUUCCUCUUCAUAGCGCACCCGUUCGAGCCGGCGAAAUUUGUCCUCACUUCACACCUCGCUGUGUUCUCCUGCGUUUCGGCCAUCUCCCUCUACGUUUACACGUACUACCAAAACAUAGCGCCGGGGACAGAUAUUGCCAUCGGCAUCGGCAUCGUCGCGCUUCUUCUGCAGAUCAUUUUCUUCGUCUGCGCUGGCGUCUGCGCGUUGGUUGAGAGUGGGCUCGUCAAGCAAACUAGGAAUCGAAUCCCCUUCGUCGACAAGCUCCUUGCCGCGGCCUCCAACAAGAUCAAAAGCACCGCCAAGUAUCGAGCUCUCUAUGGCGAGGAAGAAGAACAAGAUUUGAAGGAACGCUGGGAGGCUCUCCGCAUGGACCGAGCCUCUAAAGAAGCGCAGCAAAACCAGCAGGCUCGACACGCGCGACUGGGGAUGGACGGCAAAGUGGACGAAGAGGUAGUCGUCGAGAGAGCAGCGAUUCUUCGCCUGAGUUCCAAGACAGACCAAGUGGCUCUCCUGGAGGCUGUGACCUCGUGCAAGAGUGUUCCCCGCGCCUUGGCGGCGUUUGAGAGGCUGACGUUUUUCGAGACGUUUCCGACAAUGGAGAGAUUGGAAGCGCGGGCGGCGUUGGAGAAACUCGCGUUUGAUGGCGACGAGUUGGACAGCGGCUUGAAGCUCUUUCUGAAGCACCGGAACGCGAUGAUGAGGAUUUUCUCGCGAUUCUCUGUUGCCAAUUUAAACGAGGGAUUUGCGUGUGGAUGGGAGCUGGGCCUCCUUCGCUACAUCGAGCUGGACGACGCAAAACUCGAGCUGGCAAAUACGAAAGAGAAAGCGGACAAUCUCCUCAAAAAGGCGCGCCAAGACGACCUCGCACACAUGGGUCGCAAAGGCGCUGGCCUCUACCGCGAGGAUGUCCAUGAGUGGAACGUUCUGAAAGCUGAGGCUUGCCGAAUCACUCUGCAGUGUCUGCUUCUCGAUCUCUCGGACUACCAUUUUCACAUCCCAAGACAACUCCCGAGGCGUCGCUUCCUGGCAACCGGCACUGCGCAAGACGCUGAGGACAUUCAAGCUCGACGCGACGCUGUCGAAGACGAGGCUUACUUGCCGCAAACGGCGGUCGCAGAGGCCGAUCUGAGGGCCUUGGUGCGUCUGGGGAGUGGCGAGGACGAAGCGGGCGGCUUCGGCGCUGGACUUCAACUUUACGAGUUCGCGGCUGCGGAGCCUAAGAGGCUGCAGAGAAAGCGAUUGCUGGAGAGAACUUACGCGUUGUACCAGGACUUCAAGCUCAUCUUUCCUAACGCACUUCCGUGCAUCGAGCGCGCGCCCGAUGCCGGAAAAAAGGGGGAAGUCGCUCGGGGGUCUGUGCGAGAAAAACAAGACCAGACAGACCCCAUGCGGCACCUCCGAAUCUUCCGUCUCGAUGUUCUGGGACACCAUAUCGCUGCCGAGGACGGCCGAAGCGUCUACUUUCGAGGCAACUUUCGUUCGGUUGUGGGUCCGUCGGGAGACUUGACCGGUCUGGACUUGUCGCAGAAUCCGCGGUCGGCGAUUGUGGUGGAUCCGCCUGUGGCCCUGCAUGCGCGGUAUACCAUCGAGUGUUGGAUACUGUUGCCGCUUUUGCCCUCUGCUUCGUCGGCGUCGAAUGUGGGGAUUUACCGGGCUCUGUGUGCCGACAGCGACGGAGACAUGAUUUGCUGCUUCCGUCAAGGUCCGAGCCGCACGAGGACGCGGCGGGAGAGUGAUACUCCGGGCGAGUACAGGGACGCGAACUGGGAGAAGAAAGCAGCCUCGGCGAGACGCCAGCUCCACUUUGGUUUGUUUCUCUUUCCGGAGACGGAGGACGACGCGAGUAUCUCCAGCGACGCCGUGGCCUCGAACUGCGGAUCGGAUGUGGAGGCCGGCGAUCCAGUCGGGGGACCUUUGGGGUUUUUCGAGGGCAAAUUGCAUGCGGCGGACUCGGAGAAAAACGGCGCGUUCAAGCCGGAGCAGCUGCAGUCCGGGUGGCAUCACCUCUUGGUGUCUCAUGGCGAGUCGGGGACGAGCUACUUCUGGGACGGCGAGUGUGUGGGGUUGAUUUCUGCACUCAGUCUCCCGUUCGCGGGGUUCUGUGACCUUGAGGCAAUCGGCAACACGCGCGACGGCGGACAUGUCUUUGGCGCCUUCUCAGACUUCGCCGUCUUCGCCACACAGCUCGACGACGAAGCCGCGAAAGUGCGCUUCGCCUAUCUCCAGAGACACCUCGUUAACACCGCCGUGGUCGGACAGGCCGUCCCCGCGCCCAUGGAGCCCAAGGAGCCGAGGCGGGGAGCCGCGGGACGGCGCCGCAGUGGCAUUGGGACCGACGCCCCGGGGGCCCUGGACCUCGACUUGCUGGUGGAAGUCUCCUUCAUCCCUGCGUCUUCGUCCCGGAAGAAGUGGGCGCUUUGUGCGGUGUCUCCAGACCAGAUGCGUGCAAUUACGUAUCGCAGAGAGAGCAGCCAGGAGGCGAAGGCGGCUGGCGCGUCGGACGCCGCCUUCAAGCGCUGCGACGCCUCGGGGAAGGGCGGAGUGGGCCUCGUUGGCACUGGGCCUGAACCGCGCGGGUCGCCAGAGCGUGCGUACGGAGGGUCGACAGCGAACGGGAGCUGCGUCGUGCUCGACCCCGCCGUCGAGGUCGCUCGAGAGCUCGUCCCGAUCCGCGCCUGGACUGUCUUCGCGUGGAUCUGUGUACCGCUGCCGCAGACGACUCAAGCACACGUUCUCGUCGCCGGGAAAGAGAACUUCCACGUUUGCGUCCUGAGUGACCAGCGCAGCGUCGGCGUCAUGUACUUCAGGGGAAGGAGACGGGGCAGAGCGGAGUCGAACGGAGACAGCGAAGAGUCGGACGCCGACUCCGUCGACAGCGACGGGUGUCUCCGCGACGAAUACCCCUCUGGCUUCGACAUCAGAGACCUGGAGAAAGGCUGGCACCAACUCUGCGUCGUCGCCACGGACGCCGGCCAAGCGUUCUACGCAGACGGCACGAUGCGCGGGUACCUUCCCAAGUCCACCUGGGAGCCAAUCCGCUUUCUAGGCAACGCGGCAACUGGCAACAAACCCUGGGGUACUUUCGCAGACGUUUCCAUCUACGGAAGGUUCUUUGGAGCUGCCGACGUCGAGAGCGAAUUCGCUAAGUACAGAGUGGGUUUCCGCGACCCCUUCGACACGCGCGCCUUCAGCAGAGGCGGUGGCAGCGAGGGCCUGUCUCCUGGAAGUUCGUCUCCAGGCGGGGACACAGUGGCUCCUUCACAACCUGACGAGCGCCGGUCUUACGAGGGCCAUAUGUGUCUCCAAGUGUGCUCUGACGGAGCGAAUGUGGUUCUUCGGCCUUCGGCGGCUGCAGAGACACACGAGAUUCGCGUGUUCCACAUCGAUGGGUUCGCGAAGGGCGUCUCUGGGAAGCCCGUCGCGUUCGACUGUGUGAAGAGCCUCGCCGUGCAGAGACAAAGGCGCCAGGCGGAAUCCGGGGGAGGCAUUCGCGUCCACCCUGCCGUCAGUUGCAAGCGCGCAUGGACCAUCAUAGGGUGGAUCCAGACUCCGAUUCCAGUCACAGGAAUGAUGCACGCUCUCGUCGGAGGGAAAGACGGAGAAGUGCCUGUCGUCGUCGAUCGGGACUGUGAAACGCUAGGUGUCUGCACGGCGGCGCUGUCUCAGGACGCCCGAGGCGUGGAACUCCCCAGUGCUGCGGGUUACUUGCCUUUCAUCAGGUCGACAGCCACGCUGAAAAACCUAAGUGCCGGAUGGCACCAGUUAGCAGUUAGCCGCGAGAAGAAGUGUCAGUAUUUCUACUUAGAUGGCGUCUAUGCUGGGUUCGCGCCAUCGACGUGCGAUAGUUCAGUCACAUGCUUUGGCAAUGCACGCUCUGCCGACGGCAAAUUCGAAAUGCCUUUCGGCUGCUUCAACACCGUGUGUGUGUACACUGACGCCAUGACACCAUCUGUUGUAGCGAGCACUUACUCCGAGCAUCUCAGGCUCAUCAAAUCAAAUAAAUUCGACCUCGUGGGUAGUGACACUUGAGGUCGCCACAAACACGGUGUGUUUGAGGGGCAGCAGGGAAUCUGUAAAAAGCUGAAGAGCGGCGGGAAAUCGGGGCAGUGGCAAACACAGUGUUGUAGCACGUCUGGGUGUGGAUACCCAGCGCGGCGUACGGAACUGCCAACCCGGACGAGUUUCACGAGGAGCAAACGCUGUGGAAGGAAAGGAGUGCACACACGUAGUUACAAUGUGUUGGGAACAGUUUUGUUGGUUCCUUAGAAAACCAUUUUAACGGAGGGAAGGCUUGUUUUCUGCCAAGAUGGAAUUCGGUGGAAGACAGAAAGAAAGCUGAACGUGUUUGGUGCGAUAGUCCUGCAGACAGGAUGUAACAGUAGAUUGUCGGAAGUCGAGAUGGAGAAGAAGUGGUAAAGGACAUACGUGGGAAGAAGUCACAGAAAUAACAAUCGGCUGGAAGAUGUGCUGUUGUCGAUGGAGCAGAUUUCUUUUUAGAAUUGAAUCGAAUUUUGAUGCCGCUCGCGGUACUGGCAGAAUUGCCAAAGCAAAGCAGGUGAAAAGGUAGCAUGUAUGCGAAUGCGAUCAUUUCGCUUAGGAACAAAGGGUUAAGCCUGCCUGGGUGAGAAAACGGAUUUUUUCUUUUGGCAACCUGCGGUAUGCAAACGUCUCCGAGUUGUGAGAAAUCGGAAGUGACCCGAUGGCAUAGAUUCACUUUGUUUGAAGCGGGUAUCAUUAUAUACAUGCUUCUCUGGGAAAGUCGUUUUUUAUAUGUAGUCUGUACAUGUCGAGAGUUGUGGAUCAACCAUCGUGUCCAAUGGUUGUUGCUGAUUUGCCAGACGACCAUGAACUAUUCUCCGC